AUGCUAUCAUCUCCGUCUGUGGACCGUCUGACCGACCGACACCCACGUUACCUCCAUUCCUUCCCGUCAACCCGAAGUACUCAGUGCCGCGCCGGCUGCAUCUACUCCCUGGGUAUCGUCACCAUUAGAGGGUUCACACACACAAAGGAUGCAGGGAGAUCCUCGCUGAGUGUACUGCUCUCCAUGUCAUUGUGGAUUUUUUUACAGUGUGUGGAAGCCAAAAAGUACUGCUGGUAUUUUGAAGGCAGAUACCCCAUCUACUUCAUAUGUCGCUCCUAUGAGGACUGCUGUGGGACUCGCUGCUGUGUGAGAGCCCUGUCCAUCCAGAGACUAUGGUACUUCUGGGUGCUGCUGAUGAUGGGAGUGCUGUUCUGCUGCGGUGCCGGCUUCUUUGUCCGCAGAAGGAUGUAUCCGUCCCCUCUGAGAGACGAGCCAGCCUUCAAUGUCUCCUUCACCAGGCACCCUGUCACCACACCAGUUUCCCAGCAGCCAGGGAGUAUGCAGGGCUUUGGGGUCAACGGGAUGACAGGUGGCGACCCGGGGGUCUCCAUCACACACCCGGCGUACCCGCCACAGCCUGGCUCUGCCCAUAUGAUGAUGGCCUCCUACCCUCCACCUCCGUCCUACUGCAACCACCCGCCUCCUUCCUACGAACAAAUAUUUCAAAACAGCGACAAGAAGUAACCUCCACAAGGUAGAGAAGGAACUUGACAAGUAAAAAAAGGGAAGGAAGGAGGCAGUGAGAGGAAGUUCAGAUGAACACGAGGGAGAGGAACGCCUGCCAAUUGUUUUCAACUCAACUUUUUAUUCAUGUAUGACCUGGAAAACACACACAAUCUCUUGUCCUGUGGAAAAAGACCAAAAGAGGCACAGUAACCAGAAUCUAGAUGCACAGGCACACUCGUUCACUUAUGCACACUGCUUCAUUUGCUCUUGAUUUACAGCAUGUGGAUCUAUGUGUACAGUGAAGGGGCCCACCUUGUUGAACUUAAAGACGAGUGAGGAUGCACCCGUUCAGGUUUUGGAUUCACCCACUGUCACCUGUUCUCCUCCACCCUCCCAAUGCAACUACACCGAACUGUACAGAACGGAACUGAAACUCAUAAUGUGAUAAAAUGCUGGAUACAGUUUGUCUUCACGGAAAUUGUUUCAAUAAUUGUUUCUAUAAUUAGCUAUAAAAAAGACAUCUCUGUACAAACCAUCCAUUUUCAAAGGAUUACACCGAUUUAUACUUCCAUCCAGCAUUUCACCGCAAGAUGGGCCCUUUACUAAAUGAUGAGUUCUUGAUACAUUUUUUAUUACAGUAUGUGUCGUCCUGUUAUGUAAUGACAUAAUGAGCUGCUCCGGCAGUCACCAGCUCAUUCUCAUGUUAGCGGCGAUGAAGGCUUUUAGUUCACCGCAGGAGGAAUCAGACAAGGACAGAGUGAUGCUGAGACGUCAUAUGUAGAGUCACUUUGAUGAUCAGUAUGCCGCUGCUGUUCAAAUGGCAUAUGGGACAUGAGAGCCACACCUCACUUGUGUUCCACCACACCCCUUUGGCAUGUACAGAUUCUGCCACUGGUCCACAUGUUAUGCCAUACCAUUAUACUGGAAGAUCACCACUCCCUUAAGGCAGCUGUCACUAAUGUGAUCAACGCUAUACUUUUCUGGCACCUGACCCAGUGAGGCUCUCUGUAGCUACAUACUAGUCCUGUUGAGCUAGCAUAGCGAGUGUUGCCUUAGAUUCAUGCUACCAAUGUUGCGUUCGUGGAGGGACAGGAAAAUCAAUCACCAAAAGUCAAAUAACUUAUGGGGGCAAAGUAAAUCCACGCAAAGUUUA